AGUUGUCUAGACAGCGCCCUCCUGUGAAACCAUCAUAAAAGCCGAAGUUCAGUCUAAGACUAAGCAGAAAAUACAUUCUUCCGAAGCCUCUAACAUCAACUACAAAAUGUCUGGAUUAGUCAAAGCAAAAAAAUAUGAUUGGAAGGACUCGAAUUUGGCCUUGUUUGGUUCAGAUACGGAGAAAAAGGUCAAAAAGGACUCCGCGGAGACAGAACCGGCCUGGAAAGGUGCAGGACAAAAACCUGGCGUCCAGAUCUGGCGAAUUCAGAAGUUCAAGGUAACCCACCAGCAAAAAGAUGAGUAUGGAAAGUUCUUCAGUGGCGAUUCUUACAUCAUACUCAAUACAUACAAAAAACCUGAUAGUGAUGAAUUGCUCUAUGAUGUUCAUUUUUGGAUUGGACAGUACUCAACACAAGAUGAAUAUGGCACUGCUGCUUACAAGACAGUUGAGCUUGACACUCUGCUGGAUGACAAGCCUGUGCAACAUCGAGAAGUUAUGGGUCAUGAAAGUGAAUUGUUUAAAUCUUACUUUGACAGCAUCACUUUGUUGGAGGGAGGUUGUGACUCAGGAUUUAGACAUGUUAAACCUGAAGAGUAUGAACUUCGGCUGUUACAUUUCAAGAAGACAGGUAAAAAAGUUGUAUUAAAAGAAGUGCCAGCAUACCAUUCAAACCUUAACUCUGGUGAUGUGUUUAUUGUUGACAAUGGAUUGGAGAUAUAUCAGUGGAAUGGUAAGACUUGUAGCAAAGAUGAAAAAUUCAAAGCUGUACAAUACCUACAAGAAUUAAAGUCAGACAGAGGCGGAAAACCAAAAGUGGAAAGUCUUGAUGAACGGGAGAUUUCGACGAGCCAUAAAUUUUAUUCUCUGCUUCAAGAAGGUGAUGCACCAGGGAAUGAUGACGAUGACGAUGACUGUGAUAGCUUCAAUCCCUCACUUUUCAAAUUGAGUGACGAAGGUGGCAGUUUGGAAAUGACAUUAGUGAGUGAAGGAAGUAUUCCCAAAGACAUGUUACGAAGCGAUGAUGUAUAUAUUGCCGAUACUGGCAAAGCAGUAUUUGUUUGGGUGGGCAAUCGUGCCAGUGAAGGCGAGAACAAAAAUGGGUUAACGUAUGCACAUAACUACCUUCUAAAAUCCAAGCAUCCUUUGGUGCCAGUGACUGUUUUGAAAGAAGGACAGAAGAAUGCAGCUUUCGAAAAAAUACUGAGUUAGACAAUGAAAGUGUGACUCCUACAGAAAAUCACUGGUAGAUCAAAGCUACCGAUCAGUUUAAAAUAUUUGAAUAAUACAUUAAUUUUAGUAAAUUUACUAAUAUCACGUACCUUAUGUAUCAUUUUAAGUCAAUAAAGUAAUUGGCUGCAAUUAGA